AUGAAUUCAUAUAAAGAAUCUAAUCAUGUAGUAGACCAAAAACGAUUAUUGGAUGAAUGCAUUUUCGUUGUUAAGGAGCAAAGUUUUUUUAUGAAACAAGCUCUGGAUAAUGGCUCCCUACGAGAUACUCUAAAGCAUGCAUCCAACAUGCUGUGCGAAUUAAAAACGACAGAAUUGUCUCCGAAAUAUUAUUAUGAAUUGUACAUGUUAAUAUUUAAUGAGUUGCAACAUUUAGAUAGUUUUAUAAAUGAUAAAAAAAAACAUAAAAAAAAAUUUAUUGAUAUAUAUGAAAGUGUGCAGCAUGCAGGAAACAUAAUACCUCGUUUAUAUUUGUUGAUAAUUGUUGGAAGAAAUUACAUAAAAAAUAAAGAUAUAAAAGCAAAAUAUAUUUUAAAAGAUAUGACAGAAUUAUGUAAAGGUAUACAGCAUCCAUUAAAAGGAUUAUUUUUGAGAUAUUUUUUGAUACAGAUGUGUAAAGAUAGAAUACCAGAUACAGGAAGUGAAUAUGAAGAAUCAGGAGGAGGAAAUAUUAAUGAUGCAUUUGAAUUUUUAUUAACAAAUUUUUAUGAAUGUUUAAAAUUAUGGAAUAGAAUGAAUGAUAAAAUAAUACCAGUUAGUGGAAAUACAUCUAAUAUAGAUGAUAAUGUUUUAAAAAAUAAUAAAAUUCAAAUUUCUAAAGAAAAAAUGGAUGUUAAAAUGUUAGUUGGUUCUAUAUUAGUUCGAAUGUCACAAUUAGAAGGAAUGACAAAACAAUAUUAUAUAGAAAAAUGUUUACCAAAAUUAUUAUUAUAUUUAUCUAAUAUUAAUGAUUCAAGAAUCCAACAAUAUAUAUUUGAAUCUAUUGUUCAGGUAUUUAGUGAUGAAUGUCAUUUAUAUAGUUUAGAAAUAUUAUUAGAUUCUAUUUUAAAAUUAAAUAAUUCUGUUGAUUAUAAAAAUAUACUCAUUACAUUAUUAAAAAGGUUAAGAUCUUUUAUUGAACAUAAUAAAUCUGAUUUCCCAAAAGAAAUUGAUAUAUUUAAUUUGUUUUAUAACCAUCUUGUUAUAUAUGCUGAUAGAACUAUAGAACAAUGUAGAAACGAAUCUGAUGGUUUUAAUAAUGUACAAAAUAACUUAAUAAAUAUUAAUGAUAAAGUUUGUAAUUUAAAUAAAAAUAACGAAGAUAUAGAUGUGUCUCAAAAUGUAACUAGACUUAAUGAUCAAAAUAUUCAAAAAAAUUCUAUUAUUGUAAAUGAUAAUAAUAAUAAUAAUAAAAAUGUUAAAAAAAACAAAGAAGAAACUGUUCAAAUUAUAAUAAAAAUGCUUCAAGUUUUAUAUGAAUUUAUUUUUUUAUGUAUAUGUAUGUAUGAUAGUACAAGAAUUAAUGGAUUAUUCGAAUUAGCAUAUAAAAUAGUAUCAAAUGUUAAUAUAAAUGAUGAUGAAAUUUCUGAACAAGUCAUAAAUAUUAUUGUUUUACCAUUUAACCAUUUAGGAAUUAAUGCACUAAAAGCUAAAAAUAUUAAAAAUUUAUUAAAUAGUAUAAAUGAUAAAUAUAAAAAAAAAUUAAGUUUAAAUAUUAUUGAUGCUAUUAUAGAAUGUAAAAAUAAAGAAAUCAUAUAUCAAAAUGUUGAAGAAAUGUUAAAAUUUAUUUCAUGCAUUUUUUAUGAUGAUAUUAUAUCGACCCCAAAAAAAAAUAUUAAUAAAAAGGAUCCGUUUAAUUUUGAAAAUAAUUCAAUUAUAUAUACAUCAGAAAAGAUAUCAAAAUUUUUUCAUAUCAUUACAAACACAAAUGAUAUAGAUCAAAAAUAUAACACAUCUAUGUUAUUUUAUAAUUAUAUAUAUGAUAGUAUAUAUUUCAGUCAAUUACUUCCUAGUAUCAUAUUUACUUUUUUAAAUUUGGUCACAAAAAUAAUAGAUAUUGGAACAUCUAUUCCAGAAAAUAAUGAAAAUAUAAAUUUAUUAGAUUCUGAAUCAAAUAAAAAACGUGAAGACACAUAUUAUGAUACAUAUCUUAAUAAUUAUACAAAUAAAGAUGUUAACACAAAUUCUAAUUUUUAUCUACAAGAAACCGAAAUUUUAAGUGAAGAUAAAAUUAAUCAAUAUAAUAAAUAUGCAAAAAAUAUUUUCAAAUUUAUACAUACUAAUUUAUUAACUAUUUCAAAUGAUAUACCAAUUUUAGCAUUUAAAAUAUUUUUACUUACAUCUAUAGUAGUAAAUAAAUAUGAUAAAUUUAUAAAUGAUUAUUCUUUUAUAUCUUUUGAUAAUAUUGAAGAUAUCUGUUUAGAAUUUAUUACACAAGCUUUAAUAAUUUAUGAAGAAUGUAUAAAUUUAUCUUCUCAACAAUUUGAAUCUAUUAUAUGGGCUAUUGGUAUAUUAACAUCACAUAUUAAUUUAUUAGAUAAUGAAAAUUAUAAUAAUAUAGCUCUAAAAUUAUGUCAACAUGCUAAUAAAUUAUUAAAAAAAAAAGAUCAAUGUAUUGGACUCUUAAUGUGUUCUCAUUUAUAUUGGGAAAAUAAAAAAUAUAGAAAUAGUAAAAAAACUUAUGAAUGCUUACAAAAAGCUUUAAAAGCUGCAGAAAUUGCUAUACAAUCAAACAGUGAUAAUAUAUUUUUAUUUGUUUAUACUUUAAAAAAAUAUAUAUAUUAUUAUGAAUUAUCAAAUAUAGAAAUUACUGAAAACAGUAUUAAUUAUCUCAUUAGCAUAUGUCAAGAGUAUUAUUCUGAUAUUUCUAAAGAUAGCUCAAUUAAUCAAGAAUAUUUACAAAUUUGUAAGGACAUACAAACUAAGAAACAAACUAAUCAAAAUCUUUUUGAGAAUGUUAAUGUUUAUUUGCCUAGUUAA